AUGCUGCGGUUUGUUCAGUCAUCAGAAGGUUUCCUGCUAGUGUACUCAAUCACAGACUUAAGGAGCUACGAGUACAUCCGUCACCUUCACCAGCACAUUCGGAAGGUGCACUCGGACUCUAAAAUACCCAUUAUUAUAGUGGCCAAUAAAGGGGACCUCCUCCAUGUCAGACAGGUGCCUUCAGAUUCCGGAAUCCAGCUGGCCAAUGAACUGGGCUGCUCCUUUGUGGAGAUCUCCACUAGUGAAAACUGUCAGGACGUUUGUGACGUGUUCCAUCACCUGUGUAAAGAAAUCAGCAAACACCAAUCCACCAGCACUGUAGAGAAGAGGAGAGGCUCUAUAAUGCCACGACCAAGGUCACCCAAUAUGCAGGAUUUAAAGAGACGGUUUAAACAGGCAUUAUCGCCAAAAGUAAAAGCUUCCUCUGCCAUGGCUUAG